AUGUCUACGAUGGCUGUUUCCUGGGACAAGCCGCAACACACCAAUCUUACGCUAUGGGAUAUUGAUCGCGAAUUUCAAGAUGCGCAUGAGGCGUACGAGCAAUGGCAAGCACGCCACCGUCGCACGCGGUCCAAGUGGGCGUGUUUUGGCACAAAGAACCGAGACGAUGCGGUCGGCAAAGCUCUAAGCCUGGGACGGCAGGUCCAGAGGAUCAUGGAACAAGGCAAAGAACGAUUUGGCGCACGGUUCGAGGAAGGCGACACAAAAUGCAAUACCAUCCUCUCUGCGCAACUCCUGCGAAUCCAGUACGAAAUUAGACAACCACUUUACGAAAGCGUUUUCUCCUCAACACCAAUAAUACCCAUCGACGAUAUAAUCAUGAUUGCUAAAAGUACCCGCCGCGCCUGUCUUACUGCGCUGCGUGAGCAAUACGCACGUCUCGAAUCACCGAUCCUAUCACCUGUUCUGCCUCCCCCACGUUUCAAAGUAGAGUUCUGUCCUUUCGCAGACAAACUUCGGAAAGAUCUCAAGCAAUCCAAAUCGAGUACAUUGCGCGCAAAGAGGGCUUUUCCCCACGACAAGUACGAUGACCGGGAGAUCUGCCCGGAAUGCGAUGCAUGCAUCUCCGUCGCUUCUCACUCUGGGCUCCCUGCGUACAGAUGUAUCCUCUUCACCUCGCAUAUUGCCUUGGACCCAAUGGCGACCGACGACAAAGCAAAUUUCGCGUGUAAUAGCUGCUACAAAACCUUCGACGAUUCAUACGCCUUCCUCGACCACUUCUUUCAGAAGCAGAUCGGCAGUGAGAGGAGUUGCUUGCGACUGUCCGUACAAAGAAGCUCAAGCUGGUUCCUGAACGAGCAGUUCCUAGAGAGCGAUCCUUCAGUCGUUGAGCAGUGUCUGAAGAAUUGCAUAGCGAGAGAGACAAUGCGCGGCAGAGGCCACAAGAAGAUGAGGAGUCAGAUCACUAUACGACAAGUACAUUCGAGAGAAGGCGAUUGA